UUCCAAAAUCUUCACCCUCGUUGGAGUCCUCAUUCUUCAAAUUUCUUCUUCUUUUUUGUUUUUGUUUUGUGUUGUGUUGGGUUUGUACCCCGAAAAUGACCGUUUCUCAUUCAAAAAAAAGAGAGACCGUUUCCCAUUCUUUCAUUUGAGCCUUGUUGCCCACCAUAGAUGAUGUGUUUCUUUAAAUUCCCUACCAAGAAACCCUAGGACUCUCCUCUGUAGCUAGCUCUGUCUUCCGUUCCAUCUGAUUCCCAGAUGGAACAUCAGGAUGUCUCCAGUUUGAGGACAGAGCACCAAGUGGAAUUUGAGAUGAUUGUAGCCUCUGAAGAAAAUAGUAGUCUUCCUCUGCCGCUGCAACCAUCUUGCAAUCACCUUUGUGCAUUUGCCGAGAAAGAGUAUCAGGAUUCAGCGUCGGACCAACGAUCAAAGUCGGCUGUGAAACUCUUAUGGCUUAUAGUUUUAUGCGUAAUUUUCAUGGUAAUAGAGGUAGUUGGAGGCAUGAAGGCCAACAGCCUAGCAAUACUCACAGAUGCAGCACACUUACUCAGUGAUGCUGCCGGAUUCGCCAUUUCCCUUUUCGCAGUAUGGGCUUCUAGUUGGGCUGCCACCUCACACCAGUCAUUCGGAUUCAACCGCCUUGAAGUUCUGGGGGCACUUGCAUCCGUACAACUAAUUUGGCUUGUCUGCGGGUUACUAAUUUACGAGGCAUUUGAUAGAAUUCUUCACAAGCAUGUUAGGGUUAAUGGGAAGCUCAUGUUUUUAAUUGCUGCACUUGGGUUUAUAAUUAACUUAAUUAUGAUCAUAUGGCUUGAUCAUGGGCAUCAUGGUCAUGGUCAUGGUCAUUCUCAUUCUCAUCAUGCAUGCAAACAUAAGGAUCACCACAAUGAGAGAGAUGAGUUAUGCGAAACAAACAAAGAAGAGAGUACUAAUUUGGUAUCUCAACCACAAGAGAAGAGGACCAAAGGCUUGAACAUAAAUCUUCAAGGGGCCUACUUGCACAUCAUAACCGAUCUGAUUCAAUCUGUUGGGGUAAUGAUUGCUGGAUCCAUCAUAUGGGCAAAACCAGAUUGGUUGGUUGUAGACCUGGUUUGUACUCUCAUCUUCUCUGUUAUUGCACUUACUACGACUCUACCAAUGAUUAAAGAUAUCGUGUGUAUAUUGAUGGAGAGCACACCAAGUCAGAUAGAUAUCGCUGGUAUUGAAAAUGGUCUCAGAUGUAUCAAAGGAGUUCGAAAUGUCCAUGAUUUGCAUGUCUGGGCUAUCACAGUUGGGAAAACUGUCUUGGCUUGCCAUGUAAUAGCUGAGCCUGGAGUUAACUCAGAUGUAAUCCUUCCCAGGAUUAAAGAUUACUGUGAAAGAACUCACGGCAUUCAUCAUGUGACAAUUCAAAUUGAAUAGGGAGUACGGGCUGUAGUUCAUGUCCAGUGUCCUUUUCUUCUUUUUUUAUUCGCAUGUAUGUAGAAUGCAAGAUAGACAAUGUAUUGAGAAACGAAAGCCAUUUACUCUACAAA